GGAGGCGGCGGCGGGGGGGGGGGGGGGGCGGAGGAGGAAGCCAAGGCGCCUGCGCGCAGAGGCCGCUUUCCAUCCGGGUCCCUGUCCGUGCGGUGCAGCAGGUCGGUAGGCGGGAAAUGGCGACUGGCUGAAGGAGCUGUUUCUGUGGCCGCUGCGGACUCUCCGGGAAAGACACCACACGUUGCGUCGUCGGGACCCUCGCCGGAGCCCGGGGACACUUGUCUGUCGUCACAGUUAGGAUGUAAGAUGAGAGAGUGGAGUAAAGGAGAGAGACCACUGUAAAGCUUCUGAAGCUUCCCUUUUGUGCGGUGUUCCCAUGUGGCUGCAGAUUCCAACCUGAGUCCUCAUGCGUGGAGAACUGUGUGCUCUACCAGAUGAACUGUCUUCUGGUCCUCAAGACAAGUAUUUUAGAGUUUUACAUGCGGCACUCAUAAAAGAUGAGGCUGAGAACACGAAAGACUUCUCAGCAAUCAGUUCAAAUUCAAACACAGCGCACUGCCAGAGCAAAGAGGAAAUACUCAGAGGUUGAUGAUAGCCUGCCUUCAGGAGGAGAAAAACCAUCUAAGAAUGAAACCGGCUUAUUAUCUUCGAUUAAAAAAUUCAUUAAAGGAAGCACACCCAAGGAAGAGAGAGAAAAUCCUUCAAAACGGAGUAGAAUUGAACGUGAUAUAGAUAAUAAUUUAAUCACAUCAACACCAAGAGCAGGAGAAAAACCUAACAAACAGAUAUCUCGAGUAAGACGGAAAAGUCAAGUAAAUGGAGAAGCUGGUAAUUAUGAGAUGACAAAUCAACAUGUAAAACAAAAUGGAAAACUAGAAGAUAACCCCUCAUCUGGCAGUCCUCCACGGACUACAUUGUUAGGGACCAUAUUUUCUCCUGUCUUCAACUUUUUUUCACCAGCAAAUAAAAAUGGAACAUCAGGAUCCGAUUCCCCAGGACAGGCUGUGGAAGCUGAAGAGAUAGUAAAACAACUUGAUAUGGAGCAGGUGGAUGAGAUCACAACCAGUACUACUACGCCAACUAACGGAGCAGCGUAUUCAAAUCAAGCAAUUCAAGUGAGGCCGUCAAUAAAUAAUGGUUUAGAAGAAACAGAAGAAACAGUUAAUCGGGAUAUCCCACCCCUUACAGCACCAGUAACUCCAGAUAGUGGCUAUUCAUCAACCCAUGCGGAGGCAACAUAUGAAGAAGAUUGGGAAGUAUUUGACCCCUAUUAUUUCAUCAAGCAUGUUCCACCACUCACAGAAGAACAAUUAAAUAGGAAACCUGCUCUUCCAUUGAAAACCAGAAGCACACCAGAGUUCUCCCUAGUUUUAGAUCUGGAUGAAACACUAGUACACUGUAGUCUAAAUGAACUAGAAGACGCAGCACUUACUUUUCCAGUCCUUUUUCAAGAUGUCAUUUAUCAGGUCUAUGUGAGAUUAAGGCCGUUCUUCAGGGAAUUCCUGGAACGAAUGUCUCAAAUGUAUGAGAUCAUUCUUUUUACUGCUUCUAAGAAGGUGUAUGCAGACAAGUUACUGAACAUACUAGACCCUAAAAAGCAACUGGUCAGGCAUCGACUUUUCCGUGAACACUGUGUUUGUGUACAAGGCAACUAUAUAAAGGACUUAAACAUCCUUGGAAGAGACCUUUCAAAAACUAUAAUAAUUGACAACUCACCACAAGCCUUUGCAUAUCAGCUAUCUAAUGGAAUCCCUAUAGAAAGCUGGUUUAUGGAUAAAAAUGACAAUGAGCUCCUAAAAUUGAUUCCAUUUCUGGAGAAGCUUGUAGAACUGAAUGAAGAUGUUCGACCUCACAUCAGAGACAGAUUUCGCUUGCAUGAUUUGCUGCCCCCAGAUUAAAUACAAAGACUUUGUCAGAUCACUGAAGGGGGAGAGAAUGCAGGACCCUUUUGGACUAAGGAGGAAAAAAAAAAAAAAACAUUGCCAUUACUGUUGAAAUUUUGCAUUUUUGUACCCCGUCUUGCUUUUCUUAUCUUUGGUGCCCAAUAAUAAUCAAGGGUUACAGAAAGAGACUUUAUUUCAGAUUGAAUACAUACAGUAGGUAGGCUAAAACAGAAGAGUCUUUAGAACUAGUGCAACUCCAGUGAAAUUUUUUUAUGUACAGGACAUCUGCAGUUUAUAAAGAAUUCUGUUUCUGCCACCAGCAGUUUGACCUGUAGUCACACAGGAUUUUAUGAUAAUAACAGAGACGAAAAUGGACUUUUAUUUUCUCUCUGUUUGGUGCUCUAAGUGGGUUUGUCGCCACUUUUCUGUUACUUUAAGAUUCUCAUUUCAACAGGAAUGGCCAGUAAAAGUUGUUUUAUUUUUCCUGUUAAGGUUUGUAACCUUUUUACAUUUUGACCUGUACUAGAUUAGAAUUUCAUUAUGCAUUCCUUCCUUUAGUUGAGGCGCUUCACAGUUUUCUGGAAAUAGUCGAUUUUUAGUUUUAUAUUAUACAUUUGAAUGGCCGUUUUCCUGCUUUGUCUGCCUGCAUAUUGUAUAUUUGUUUAAAAAUAUGCUCUUUUAGUCCAUGUAAGUUUCAUUUAGAAAGACAUGCAUUUAUAUUUUGUUUCUGUAAUAUUCUGCUGUAGGUGAAAUCUUUUCAAAAAUCAAGAGACUGGGUAGAUAAGAAUAUACGAAUGACUAAGAUUCAAAAAAUGGAACCAUUGUGAUGGCAUGUGUUCUCAAAUGGUAAUAUCUUGCAGCGGCACAGACUGAGUGGAGAAAGGUAUAUACCUCAGACCUCACUGUGCUCACCAAUUUUUGAGGAGAAUAAGUUUGGUUACCUGUUGGGGUUCAUUUGGUUACUGCUGCCUUUGGUUUAUCUCCAGGAAUGAAGUAUUCAGCACAGUGACUCAGUAUUUUUAGUUCUUUUGCAUGGGCUGGUCAACCAGUACCUCUGUUAUGCUCUCGGUUACAAUCAAUUGAAAAGUGUGUGUAACAGUCUUGGUACCGUACAGUGGCUCUGCAUAGUCCUGUGGCACAGUAGACUCCCAAGCCACCAGUGCAGUUAAUAUGCUCUCAUAGUGGUUUUCUAUGAUAUGUGAAAAUAGUCUGUAAGCCUUGGUUCUCUGAUGCAGCUACCACAAGAGGUUGAUAUUUUUAUAGUGGCGUGUAAUCUCCUUUUCGGGAGGCUUUUUAUGGAAGGUAGAGUUUGUAAAAGUUAGUAUGCUUUGCCUCUCGACUGCAUUCACAUGCCACAGGCUCAGACUGUUUUUGUGUAAAGGAUGUCAAAGAACGGCACUUUUUCUAAAGAGAAGUUUGAUAUUUUGUAUGCUUGUUAAGAAAGUACAGUAUUGGAAAUUAAAGGUGGACAACUGAUAAUUGAGGAGUAUGUCACUUAAUUUUUUAUGUAUAUUACCUGUUUACUUGUACAACUUACUGUACAAAUUACAUGCAGCUUCAUUUUUCAAAUGAGUCCUUAAAAUAAGGAAAUCUUUUUAGGAAAGCAUUUAAUUUUUGUAUCUUUGAUUUUAAAGGCAUGAGUUAUGUCAAUUUUCAGUGUAUUAAUGAAGAUUUUAACUUUUCAUCAGGUUGAGUGUUUUCUUACUAUAUUAUCCGUUGUGUAUGUAGUUAGCAUAAUAUGUCACUGAACUGUUUAAAAAAAUCUAGCAUGUAGAGCAAGCCUGUUUUGUGGAAAAUCCUUAUACAUAAAAAAAAAUAAUCAUGGCAGAUUUUCUGCAAAAAAAAAAAAAGCAAAAGCAUUUGCAAUUCAGAAUACUGGUUUUUGUUUUAAUUUAAAGAAAGGUAUUUUGCUUGCAGGAAAAAAUAUUACAGAUACAUUUUAAUGAGAAUCUUUGAAAUGUAUUUAUCUUUAGGGCAUCUGGGCAUCUUUAUGCUGUUUGUCUUCUGUCUUUCUUGAAAUAAAAUGUACAUAUGUUACCUUUACAUAUGUUCUUGCUCAAAAUUGUGAACCUAGUUACAUGAUCUCCUGACUCCACUGCUCAAGCAACAAAACCCAAGACAUCUAAGAUCUAAACUUUCAGCGCAUAUUAAAAUUGCUGACAAGUUUUCCAAUUAAGUGAAUACAGUCUCAAAGGGCUUUCCCAUAAUUUAAAGGGAAGCGCAAGCACCUAUACCAUUUGUGCCUGCAGGCACUUAAAUAAAAACACCAACUUUUAUUCAUGGUAAACAGCUGUCAUCACUCCCGGGCUACAGGAGUUCCUUUUAAGUUGACCGACAGAUGAAUCAAAAUAACAAGAUUCUGUAAGGAAAUAAACUAAGGAAAAUUUUAUAUGACCUAAAAAAAAAAAAAUGAAGACCAAUUUAUUUUUCUUCAUUAUUUGACUUAUUUUUUACUAUUGCUAAUGAAAACAAUUUUAACAGUUUAUAGAGACAAUUUAUCUGUCUUUCUUCCACCUUAAUAUAUUUUGUUUUAUUACCACUUCUUUAUCUGUUGGCAGAUACUACCUUAAACACUUCCAUUUUUAAAGUGGAUCUGUAUAGUAGGAAUUGAAAAUGUUUCCAGCCCCUUCAGUUCACGAGCAGGAUAUAUGAACUCUCCAAAGCAGACUACCAUAACCAUAAGUGCAGGAAAGAUGGGUACCUGGCAAGAAACAGCAAAAGUGACUUAUACACACAUUACAUAUCUGAAGUACACAUUACAAUUGUGAUAUUCCAGUGGUAAAUGUCUGACUUUCAAGGCAUUCUUUGAAAUAUUUGUAAUAUUGUUAGAUGUUUGAAUCAGUUGUGGUUUUUAAUUUCAUGUAAUAUAUGUAGCCUGAAUCAGAUUUAUUCAAUAUAUCACCUUAUUUCACCUUGGAUCUUAAAGUUGAUAACAAUUCAAAACCAUAAAUUGUUUUAUAUUACUAGUUAGUUUGUAUAUUUAUUUACCUGAUGGCUUUAUCUUGUUCCCCCCCAAAAAAAGUUUUUUUUGGGGGGUGGGUGGAAUUGUUGAAAGCAUUGUAAAUUCUAUAAAUGCUAUUUUCUUGUAACUGUCAGUGAAAAUGAAUGUAUACUUUUUUAUUAUUUCUCUGGAUUUUGUUUUGGUUUGAUUUUGGGGGUGUUAAACAUAGAAUGUCUCUUUUAAAAGUUAUUUUUGACUGAUGACUUUUUCAUCUAGAUAUUACUUUCACUCAACCUUCUAAAGAAGUUCGUUUUCAUUGUUUUGUUCAGUCAACUUAUCUGAAAGAGAGACUUCAUCUCAUCAGUGAAGAAAGUAUUUCAUUAUCCCUACAAAUCUUUCCAACGAGCACAGAAUUCUUCAUAAGGAACAGAUAUCUUCCACGUCUCGUGUCAGUCAUAUAAAGCUAAGAUGUAAAGGACACUGAAGCCUUCCUUUAAUUGUACUAGUAUGCUGGUGUUGUAUGCCACAUCAUUAGCUAGUUAAGAUUUUCUGACCUGACUUCUCUUUUGUCUUCCUAGGUAUUUAUUUGUUAUCUCUUUUAAUCUUGUGUAUAAAUUAACUUAGUUAGUAGUUACCCACCGAAUAACUAUGCCAAGCAACUAGGAAAGAAUGUUUAUUUUAUUUCCCCUUAUAGGGGAAGAGUGGACUGGGAACAAAAAUGUAUGGGCCAAAAGGCCUUAGGUUGUCAUUCAUUCACUUUCUUAUUCUCAUGAGCUGCAUUUAAGUAGAAUAUGUUUUCAGUGCUGAUGUGGUUGGUUAUAUCAUCACUUUCAUGUCUUCCCCUGAGUUGAAAACCUGCCAGAAACCUGUAUAAAAUAGAUUUAAAAAUUCAGAAUAAGAGUAACAAAAUUCAGCAUCUUCUAUUUAAAUCCUACUUAAAUUAUUAUUGGAAUCCAAGUUUCACUCUAGGAUACAUUUUUAUAAAAUGUUUCUCUGUAUCUUGAAUAGAAAUUACUUGCCCAGAGGCAAGAGAGUUCUGGGGAUAUAGUGCAUUCUGAGAACUUUUCCAAAGGGGGUAGGAGAGCAACAAGUUUCUUCUACUUACUUUUUGGUUUCGAUGUUAGCGUUUUAAAAUACACCAGUGGUUCACAAACCUGAUGUAAUUAGAAUUACUUUAAGGAGCUUUUGAAAUAGAUUCUUGAGAACUGAUCUCUGCAAAAUAAUCUCACUGGCUUCCGAGUGAGUGCAGAGAGCUAUGUAUUUAAAGCUCUCCAAGUGAUUCUAAUAUUCACUUGUUUGGAAAAUCACUGUCUUAAAUAAUGUGAUAGAAGAUUUGAGAGUAGGCAACAAAAUAAAAAGUUGACCAGACAUCUCUGUGGAAUAGUUCUUUUGUUUGUUCUAAACUGGGGCCAUAUUCCACAGAACUUAUUCAAGAUACAUGGAAGAAGAAGACCGAGGCUGCUGCUCAUUCUUGUCUUUCAUACUUAUGAACAGUUUGCAUUUCUAGCACUUGGAGUGAUCAUAGGAGCUGAAGGACAUAGCCCUGAAUGAGACCAUUAAAUAUAUUGACUGUAAAAUACUUCACUAUUUUUUUAUUUUAUAAAUCUUUGUAGAAAUAAGCAAUGAAAUACAACUUUCACCUUUUGAAAUGGAAUUUUUCAAGGGAGUGUCCUUUUGGCAUUUAAGGUAGGGGGGAGUUAAUAUUCUCUCUGCCUGUUUCCACACAAAUCAACCUAAAGUCAUGGACAUUAAGAAAUCUCAAUUUAAUUUCUACAUAUUUACUAUGCAGUGUAGCCUUGAACAAAUAAUGUAGACUUAGUUUUCUCAUCUUCAAAAGCCCUGAUCACCCUACCUCACAGGGUUGUUGUGGGGAUAAAUAAAACUUUUAUGGAAACAGUU